AUGUCAGGGAUCUCUUUUGACGUCAAGUUGAGCCGCUCUCACGACUUGACAUCAGAGGAUGGAUGCAGGUCCCUGCUUCGAUAUCUGAUGAGGCUCUUCACAAACGGUGUGGCUAUCGCCGCACCACCAUGUUCUCUCUACAGCUGUGCUUGUGCCUCCGUCCACAAGCGGACAAAGGAGAAUGUUCGCGGUGACUUGGGAAACUGGAAGGUGAGGUUGGCCCGGGUCAUAUGGACCAACUGGGUUACAUGUAUGAAAAUACUCCACUCGCUGCGACCAGAUGUUUGGCUGAUUUGCGAGCAGCCAAGCACAUCAUGGGGCUUUUGCCAACCGGAGUUCGUGCAGCUGGCAGAACUGAUGGGGAUGUUCCUUACAUUCAAAUACAUUCAAUUCAUAUAUCAUUUAGAUCAAUUGAUCAAUUUAUAUCAAUUUAUUUGA